AUGGCGGCCGAGUGGAGAGUCUUUCAACUUUUAGCUUGUUUAUUUUUAUUAUAUGGGCCCCACUCACACGCAAAAAUUCCGACUAAAUGUCCGAUUCCGAAAGACAAACCGAAGUACUUUAUUUCAAAUUGGACCUGGAGGAUCACUGAAAGCAAUAAACAAUAUUACAUCAAUGUCUGUGGAGACAUCAAUCAUAGAAGUUGUCCUAAUGGGGCUGCCGUGUGCUCGACGUCACUGGAUGAUAAGAGACCGGAGGAAUUAGGCACAUAUAAAUCCCUGCAGAUAAAUGCAAUAAGAGAUUCUGGGUUUGAUUUGAUUUUUCCUGGUAAAGAAUGCAACGAGAUGGGAAAUAAUAAGGCAUGGGAAACCAACAUCUUUAUGAGAUGUGGGAAGACUCUGGGGUCUCCAAAGUUUGUGGAUGUCUUUGUGGGAAAAGAGAAGUGUGUGGCUGUUUUUGAGUUUGUUACUAAUGAGGCUUGUACAAACAAACCUGGACCAGAAAUUCCCUGCUCAGUGUAUGGAUCAAAAAAUGAACUAAUAGAUCUAACACCUUUGAUCAAAACACAAGGUGGCCAUGAGGUUUCAUCUUCAGAUCCAACAUUUGCUUUUUACAUCAAUGUUUGUAGAGGAAUAACACCCCAGAAAGAUGAUAAAAUUGGUUGUAAAGCUAACAGUUCUAUGUGUAGAUUUAAUAAAAACCUUCUUAAAGCUGAUGAUGUUGGAAGUAUUUCAUAUGCAAGUAACCUUAGAUUCCACAACGGUGACGUUGUCCUUGUUUACAACACAACAGUAACUGUGAGUGGCUGCCCAAAACACAUGAAUCCUGUCACCACUAUCACCUUCAGGUGCCCAGGCAAGAAUACGGGUGUUAGAGGUCCAGUUUUGAUAGGAGCUCGUUAUUGUGCAUUUGAGGUCCUUUGGGAAACAGACUAUGCAUGCCCCAAGCACAGUGUUAUGGAAACCAACAGUUGUGUCCUGAGCAAUGAGUUUGUCCACUUCAAUUUGACGAAGCUCACUGCCGCUAUUCGGGAUGACUACAGAGUUUAUCAUAAUGAUACAACUAAAGCUGGCGACACAACUCAGUACAUAUAUUAUAUAAAUGUUUGCCAUCCACUGAGCUUUACUUGUGAAGAUAAGUUAGGAUCAAAUUCAACAGUUUGCCAGGAAGUGAAAGAUGGAAGUGUGCGUUGGUCACUUGGAAUUAUAUCAAAUCAAACCUUACGUUAUGCUGAUGGACAGCUGUCUUUAACCUAUGAGCAUGGGUCCACAUGUCGAAAUGGGCUCAAUCGAACAACCAUUAUAAUGUUUUCAUGUGACCCUCAUGCUAAGAUAGGCACGGGACCUGUUUUUAACAGUGAGAGCUACUGUUUUUACUACUUUGACUGGAAAACAAGAUAUGCAUGUGCACCUAGCCGUCGCACAGGAACUCAGUGUCGUGUUGUGAGUCCUUUGGGUGUGCGCUAUGACCUUUCUGAGCUUGUGCGCAUGGAAAAUUCCACUAAUUGGAUUGCUGUGGAUGGAGAGAGUAGCAGUUCUAAUAAAAAAAUUUUGAUGAAUGUUUGUGGUCAGGUUACUGGUAAUCCUGAUGCCAAACAGUGUGAUAGUUCGGCAGCUAUUUGUAUGAUUGAUCAAAGCAAUGGAAAAGUAGCAAGUCUUGGAAGAUACAUAGAUCCACCGACUUUAAAUCCAGACAAUUCUAUCAAGUUGGUUUAUCUUCGGGGUAGUGAAUGCAAGAAGGACAAUUCAGGAAAGAGUGUAUUUAUAAGAUCCACAGUAACAUUUGUGUGUCAAACAGGAGAUUUGUCAAGUCCCCCAGUUCUGGUCACACAUUCAUUAGACAACUGCUAUUAUGAGUUCAUGUGGAGAACAGCUGCGGCUUGUUCACUGGGUUUGAAUACAGGCGAAGACUGCAGGGUUGAAGACAAAAAUGCUGGUUAUGUGUUUGACCUUAAUCCUUUGGCCAAUAAAACUUGGCACAAUAAAGACUUUUUCAAUUUGACAAUGAAGGGAUCACAGUACUCGUAUCUGCUGAAGGUGUGUGGAGGAAGUAGUCGGAUGGACUGUGGUGGUACAAAUGUUUCUGCAUGUCAGAUUAGAAGAAAGGAUUCCAAGAAAUUUACACUGGGUCUGGAAAACAAAAAUUUGUACUACUAUGAUGGAAUGUUAAAUCUGACUUACCAAGAUGGGGAUAAGUGCCACAAUGGGCUUCCUCGUACAACUCAUAUUACCUUCCUCUGUAAUCAGUCAGCGAAAGACGAUGGAAUAGGAAUUCCAGAGUUUGAGAAGGAGAAUCACUGUACUUAUAACUUCAGGUGGUUUACAAAAUAUGCCUGUCCACCAAAGAUUGUAGAAUGCGUUGCCAGGACAGAUGUUGCUCAGUAUGAUUUGACAAGUUUGGUGAAAACUUCAGACAACUGGGAAGCAACAUAUAAAAAUAAAGAUAACGAUAAAGAUAAAGGAAAGUUUUACAUAAAUGUUUGCCGUUCGCUUAAUCUUGUACCAGGCUGCAGUGUGACAGCGGCUGUCUGCUUGAAAAAAAGCAAUGGCAAAGCCAUCAACUUGGGUUCUGUAUCAAACCCACCCACUGAAGGAGUCAACAAUGUUGUAAUAACGUACACUGAUGGAGAGAAAUGUCAAGGAGACAAGAAAUACCAGACAACUAUUACUUUUCUCUGUAAAAAAGGAGAAGAGAGCUCAUCUCCUGAAUUUAUUGAAACUGCUGAUAAUGGCUGCACAUACAAAUUUAACUGGAUCACAGCAGCAGGUUGUCCAAUAGAAAACGUUAACGGUGACAACUGUAUCGUGCACGACCCCAAGUCUGACACAAUUUUCAACCUACUGCCACUACGAAAAAAAUCCAAUGUUGCUAUGUACGGUGGAAAUGUUACUGAGAACAACGAUCAAGCAACUUUUCAACUUAACAUCUGUGGUCCAUUGCCUGAUAAAGCUUGUGGAGAUCGCGGUAACAUUAGUGCCUGCUUGAUCAGGAAAAAUGGCCAGAAAAUUGCUCUUGGAAAGAAAAGUAUGCAGCUUUUAUACAAGGGCGAAAUCGUUACUCUUAUAUACAGGGGCGGAGACAAUUUUGAAACUGGGGAACAGAGAGAAGUUCACAUCAAGUUCUACUGUAAUUCAAAGAAGCCUUUUGGAAAGCCUACUUUUGCUGAACGGGAGGAAAAAUCUAACAAGUACAUCUUCGAAUUUCAAACAUCACUGGUUUGUUCUGCGAAAGCUGUGCAGUGCUUGGUGUCGGACAGUGGUAGUGGUGUAGAAUAUGACCUUAGUCCCAUGGGGCUGACUAAAGAAAACUGGCAAGCAGUUGAUACCAGAUUACAGAACAAACAUCUUCACUACUUCAUCAAUGUUUGUCGUGCUGUGAAUCCAAUUGGAGAAGUUUUGAAAUGUCCUGGUGGAGCUAUAGGGGCUUGUCAGAUUGAUCACAGUCAGGACAAGGGAUUUAACUUGGGAUAUGUGCAGAGUAAUCCACAGAUCACAGGCAAAGGAGAGCUAACGUUACAGUAUUCGGGUGGAACUUCUUGUCACAAGAAUCAGUUUAGCAGGAGUAUCAGAAUUGUUUUUUCGUGCUCAAAGCUAAUGGGUUCUCCCAUCUUCUUGGCUGAAUCACCAGAGUGUGAGUACCUAUUUUCUUGGGAAACACCCAGUGCUUGUCCAUUGACAAGAGAAGUUGGUCAUGAUUGCAAAGUGGAGGACAAACAAUAUGGUUACAUGUUUAACUUAUCUGUGCUCUACAGCAAAUCAAAAGACUAUAAUGUUAAUGUCAAAGGUGGAGCCCCUGGUGAAAGGAUUAUUUUGAAUGUCUGUAAUAAGUUGGUCGGAGGCCCAAAGGGAUGCAUUGGAGAAGAAGUUGGAGCGUGCAUUAUUGGGGCAAGGAAUACACCGGUUGUCUUGAACAAGACUCUCACUUAUUACAAUGGUCAGAUACAAACGACAUACGGGACAAAGCCAGCUAUAAACAUCACCUUCGAAUGUAACCAAGAUACUUCAGGUCUUGAUACAGGCCCAACUUGUGAGAAGAAGAGUAACACAUAUGAUUGCCUUUGGCAGACGCCAUUUGCUUGUAGGCCUAUGAUCAGUGUGCAGUGUAGUUUUCGAGAUGAUGAUCAGGAUGCUGAUAAUCAGUAUGACUACUCCUCGCUGUCCAAGAGCGAUGGGAACUGGGAGGCUAAAGUCCCACCUCCAAAUAUGGAUAGGGUUUCGUUUUUCAUAAAUGUCUGUCGCACGGUGUUAUUGAAAGAUGCUGCCAAGGGUUGUCCCCCGUCUUCAGGUGUUUGUAUGCACAAGGGGGGCAAGUACUAUAACCUUGGAACCAUAAGGCAUGGACCCAGGAAGAGAGAAAAUAAUAUAUAUUUGGAUUACGAGGAUGGUGAACCCUGCGGAGUUAGAAAUAAAAAUUAUACUACUCACAUACUGAUGACGUGUGGCGAAAGAGAGGGAGGUGUGCCGAUGUACAUUGGUUAUAACACGCAAACUUGCGAGUAUGAUUUCUUGUGGACCACAAGUGAAGCGUGCCCCUUGAAUGAUGAAAAAGAGGUUACAUUUGACAACUGUACGGCAAUAAACCCUCACACUAACGCCUGGUUUGAUCUGAACCGACUGAGGAAUCAAAGUGGUGACUAUGAUGUGGUAGACAAGCGGGGUUACAGUUACAAGUUGAAUGUGUGUGGACCUUUAGUCAACCUCUCGAAAGGCUGUGAAAAAAAUUCUGGAGUUUGUCAGGAAGGAAAACAACAGAUGCACAGUGCAGGAAUAUCCAACAAGCGCCUCCACUUUGAUGAUGGGAUAUUAUAUUUAAACUUGAGUGGUGGAGAACCUUGCCAUCAUGUGGAAAAAAAUCGUGAGACGAUCAUUCAGUUCGUGUGUAGUCCAACACGUGACAGCCGAGACAUGGGGAAGCCUGUGUUCAUAUCUGAAAAUGACUGUACAUACUUUUUUGUGUGGCAUACUCCACUUGUCUGUGAAAGGCAGUAUGAAUGCGCAGCCCUUCAGAAUGGCAAAGAUGGAAGUACAGUGAAAUACAGUCUGUCGCGACUAAUGCGGACAGAUGCUAAUUGGGAGGUGAUUUCAGAGGGCAGUACGAAAGGAAAAGACGUUGCCUCUUAUUAUGUAAACCUGUGUCGCCCUUUGUUACCCAUGCCAGGAAAGAAUUGCCCAGCAGGCGUCUGGGCGUGUAAGGUCUGGAAAAAUCAGGAGGGUACUCAAUAUCAGGUAAAAUGUUACCUCACUAGGGGAAGCCAAUCUUGUGUUUUGAUUGGCUAAUAUCCGGGCUGGAAAGACAGGCCUUUCUUUCUCGCUUGGGACUAUCUGCAGCAAAUGAUUGUGAUAUCAGUUUUAUUAUUAUUAUUUUUUUUUUUUUUGAGAUUGCCGUAAAAGUAUUUUGCGUGAACUUCAGUUAUAGAAAGGCGUUUACCGAAUGCCCAUUUUCAAUCAUACGAUGUCCUCAUGGUAAAUUUUUGUCUCACUGUCGUAAAAUCGAUUUGUUUGUACUUAUAAGUCAUUACGUUUGAACGGAUCAAUCCUCCAAGCAAACAUGGCAUUGUUGUAAAGCAGUAAGGUGAAAUGUUCAUUUUAUUGUUGACUAGGUCUUAGGAAAAGCAGUAGGUCCUCCAGAGGAAGUCAAGGAAGGACACGUAAAGCUUGUUUACAAUAGUACGACCGAGUGCGCGAAUAAAUAUUCAAAAUACAUGGAACUUCACUUUCUGUUUGUUUGUUCCUAUGGUGAAUUGGGUCAUCCUGUUUUGGAGUCAGUAGAAAAUGACUGUAUCAUUCACAUCAGCUGGGCCACAGCGGCCGCUUGUCCAGACACUCAAGCAGUAGAUCUUAAAAACUGCAGAGUGUUUGACAAUGGCACCGGACAAUUUUACUCCCUCAAGCCGCUCAUGGACUCUCAUGGUUUUAAUCAUUUCACAGUGGUAUGAUUAGUUGUAGCUCAAUCUUCUAGAAAUGACCUGCUUUUAUAGUGAUUUGAGUAAACCGGACUUAUUUUAGUACCAAGUAGAGGUGAAGUUCCCAAUACAGGAAGAGUU